GACGUCAGAAGCGUUCUUUGGUAGCCUGUAAACACUGCAGGGGAGGUGUCGGACGUUAGCCAGGAAAACUUCCAUACGGCGGAAGUGGGAAAAGAAGGAAGUGACUGACACAGGCAGCUGUGAGCACGGACACGGGUGAAAUCAGCGGCGGCGGCCCGGCACCUGUGAGGCUUAGACCCUUGUGUGGGAAAGGAUACGGGCGCGUGGAUAGGGCGGAAGUACAUUAAAAGAGAGAGAUCUUUAAUAAUUGGGUCCGCUGUUGCAUGGUAGAUGAAUAUGGCGCAGGAGACCAACCACAGCCAGGGGCCACUGCUUUGUUCUAACGGUUGUGGCUUCUAUGGCAAUCCCAGAACAAAUGGGCUUUGUUCUGUAUGUUACAAGGAGCAUCUUCAGAAGCAGAACAGUGGUGGACGGAGCAGCCCUCCAGUUGUAUCAGUGGCAAGUGGUGUGGAGGCCUCAUCCACACACAGUGUAGACAGCUCGCAGUCAUCGGAGACAUCAGAAAAUGAACCCCAACAAACCAGCCAAUCCAGCUCAUCACCACUCCUGGAAUCUGUAUCUUCUUCACAAGCUGAAAGUACGGAGAGUAGAACUGAAGAAACAAAGGAAACAGCAGAUUGCUCUGACACUGGCAGGUUCACAGUCAGAAAGUUCAGUUUUUCAAGGCUAGACAAGGGGGGAGCUCAGCCCAAAAUUUUGGAAGAAGAAUCAAGAAAGAUGAAGAGAAAUCAUAAUGAAAUAGAUCUGAAGUUAGACAGUGCCAAGGCUGCAGCAUCAGACAGUGCACAAAACUCCUCUGAGGAGCUAGAUCGUUCUCCAGAAAAAAAACAUAAGAAGAACCGUUGCUUCAUGUGUCGUAAAAAGACUGGACUUACAGGUUUUGAAUGCCGAUGUGGAAAUGUAUUCUGCGGGGCACACCGUUACUCUGAUGUACACAGCUGUUCCUAUGACUACAAAGCUGAUGCAGCUGAGAAAAUCAGGAAAGAAAACCCUGUUGUCGUCGGGGAAAAAAUCCAGAAGAUUUGAAGGGAGCUCAAAUUAUCUGUGUUCUUGAAGACACCAUCCUCCAGCAAAUGGGGGGUUGGGCCAUGAUGGAAUACAUUCUUUCAAACCAACCUAUUUCUCUUUGACUUUGGAUCCAGCGAUAAAGCUCUGACUUCAUUCUAUUAUAUUAUUAUUAUUUUAUUUUAUUUUUUUAGAUUGAAUUUGUUUUCAUUUCUUAACUGCGGUUUCACCUGAAUCCCAACCAUUGCAAACAUGAGAUGGGGGGGAAAAAGAAAAACAGACUUGAGUUUUUAGCUGUACAAGUUUUCCAUCCUUUUCAGGUGAUGCAAAUUUUUGUGAAAGAGCAGAAAAUGUGAAUAGAGUGCAACAUUACUCUUCCAAGAAGGCUUGGUUUUCGUGCAGUGUGAUCCACCUAUAGAUGCAGCUCCUAUCUCCUUAACACAUUAUUUAUCCUGACGUAAAAUAGAUCAAUAUUUUAUUGGACCAAUUUCUUUAUGUAUGUUUGUGAGUUUUAUAGAAGCUAGCUACCUUUUUCUUCAAUAAGGCAUACUUAAACUUUUCUCUUUUUUUCCCCCCACAUCUUUCUCACUUUUUCAGGGUGCAUAUUUCUAUUGCUAGAAUAAUUAUCUUAAAAGAAAAAAUCCUUAUGCAUUUGGUACCAAUAUAUUAUUAUUAUUUUUAAAGGCUGGUGCUGCAUGCAUCUUUGGUCUAAACUCCAAUUUACCAUGGUAACUUAAAACUCUCCUUUUCUGGGUUUGUACACAAUCCUUAUAUGCGUGCUUGCUGUAUUUUUUAUUUUAUUUUUUCCUUCUAAGUUUAGCCUGGUAGCUGACUGUUUUUGUUUCUAUAUAUUUUAAAGGGCUGGUGACUAUCAGCUAAAUUUUAUCAUUUAGGACUUUCAUUUCUUCUGGUCUGAGAAACAAAUUUAGAAAUUUAUAUAUACAUUUUUUUUUAAAUAACUAAUCAGAUGUAUGAGUGCUGGCUGUGUGUUUGUUUAAUGGGCCGGGUUUAUGUUUAUCUCCUGAUUUUAAAUAAAAUUUGAAAGCCUGUGUGCAACACAA